AUGAGUCCCGACAAAGAGAAAUCCAGACAACCGGUGUUCGACAUAAAGCUUCUCUAUACGGAUGAGGAUAUGAAUAUGACAGGCCUUCCCAAGUGGGAAGUGGAAGAGAAGAAAGAUGAUGAUUCGUUCUUCAUAUUGUGCAUUUCUUUCGGGAUUCUCUUUCUUCUUUUGAUCCUCCCAACGCUCCUACUACUGGUCCUUGGCGGGUACAAACGAUCAGAUAGGAAACGUAGUAAGGAGAAAUCACAAGUCGAAGAUCUUUCACACUUGGAUCACAUAUUCGAUCCUGAUGGACGCUACAGAGAAACCAAAUUCGAAGGAAUGCUUAACGAAGAUGCAGCAGAUGAUGUGGAAAUCCCGUCGAAAACGGAAAAAGAUGACUCAGCAAAAAGAGAAAAAGAAAAGAAAAAACCGGCUCAUUACAGUUACUCGUUUUAUUUAGAUCUGUAG